ACAUGUGUGUGUCCAUGUUUCUCAGACAUUGUGUGUCUGCAUUUAUAAAGAGAGGAUUUCUCCAUCAGUCUGACAUCGCUCUGAUUUGGGACCAAGCUGGUGGCACGGACGUGAUCUCUCUUCACCUGUCUUUUUCUCCAGUUACAACCAUGGCUCGUAUGGAAGAGACCAUUAAAAACAUUGUGGAUAUGUUUUUGGAGUACGCUGACGGUGAUGGGAAGUUAAACAAAGAGGAGUUAAAGAAGCUGAUGGAGAAAGAAAUUCAAAACCCUGAGCUUAAAGCUAAAAUCAGUGCAGCUCACUUCGACAAGGCCAUGGGGAGAAUGGACAGGAACCAUGACGGAGAGAUCAACUUCAGAGAGUUUGUUAUGUGCGUGUCUUUCAUGGCCAAAUGCUGCUACCACAAGAGGACAGGCAAGGGGAAAGAAGAUGAAGAUUAAUCUGAAGAACGAUGGCAAAUGUGACACAAGCUACAUGGACAACAGAAGCUACACAAUGUGACUUUCACUGUCUCUGUAAACUGGUUUUCAACAUUAUGUCCUUUCAAUAGUGUUUGAGAAUGAAUAAAAAUGUUAUUGGCUUCUUUACCUGUU